AUGCCAUUCUUUGGCUGGAUGAAAUGGCCGAAAAAUUAUUCCUAUAAAACUGGGCAAUAUCCUGGCGCAGAGGUCGUGACGAAGACACUUCUAAGGGAACUGAAAUGGCACCUGAAAGAACGUGAACGGCUAAUACAGGAGAUAGAAAAUGAACAAAAAGUCCAGAAGAGUGUCGUGGAUUACAACUGGCUAAAGAGCCACCAAAGUCCUCAGAUAACUAUCCCAGCUACUGAACAAAGACAGCUUGAAGUUCUUUGUUCUCAAAUCCAGCCGUGUCAAACUGGAAUCAUUCUCAGCAGAUUUCGAGAAGUUCUGGCAGAAAACGAUGUUUUACCUUGGGAAAUUGUUUACAUAUUCAAGCAAGUUUUAAAGGAUUUCCUAACCAAUCUUGAGAAAGAAGCGCAGCAGGACCAGCUGACCGACGUUUGGAAUACAAAUUGCUCUGUACAUUUUGCGGCGCCUGGCGACGGCUCUGGCAAAAUGGACAAAGAGGAGAUCCCAACGGUAUCCAGUUAUGUUGACAAAAACACACAGGGCAUGUUUCCAACAUUCUCUCACAGAAUCUGGAAUCUUCCUUAUUAUUAUCCAUCAAGUUAA